AGCUUUGGGAAGUGCUCUACAGCGAUCGACCACCACAUGCUCGUCGAUCAGAUCACUUUUUGUUGUUUCUUGAAAGUGUUAUACUAGUCUAGGAUAUUAGUUAAAGGUUUCACGUUAUUGUCAGGGAACAUCAGCCUUGUUCAGUCCUUUUUUGUCAUCUACAAAGAAACCGGUCCACGACAAUUUUCUUUCUUUCUCGAUCUCUUGUCAACGCACUCGCUUUGCGCCCUCUCUGCCUAGGUAACUGUGGAAGUCGGGUCUGGGUCAUCGAUAUUUCACUCCACUCCUCUGUUACGUUCUGUUCACAACCCGUGAUACGUUUCUAUCUCUUCUCUUGCAUUCCCCAGGUCUAGGAGUCAUCUUAAUGUCUAAACCUUUAGUUCAUGAUAUCCGGCGCGUCUCUCGAACGUUCUUAGGCGAAAGCAUAGCGACUGCUACUUCUCCUCUUCUCAGUCCAUCAUUCAAUGACAUUGUUCUCCGGACUCCAACGACGCCGCGCUUACACCAAAAUGGCAAACAAUAUCUAAAUCCUAACUCCAGGUUAGCGUCAAUACCGCAAGGUUCAAAGGAUGACGAUGAUGCGCGGGAUAGAAAGCUUGGUCCCAUAACACCUGGCGAUGGAGGACUGGCUGUGCUCAGGAAUAGCUCUUGGGAGGAAAACACAUGGCCGCUAUCUCCUCUUACACCACGCCCUAUCUCUCCUGGAUACACGCCAGCAAACAGUAUCACACAGGACAAACUUGGAACCUUUUCCGCCAUCAAUAUCAUCAUAGGGAAAACGCUUGGCGUGGGCGUCUUCUCAGUUCCGUCAUCUAUAUUUGCUGGUGUUGGUUCGGUUGGAAUGUCGCUUUCUGUCUGGAUCCUUGGGGCACUUAUAUCCUUCUGCGGGUUGACGGUCUAUCUGGACCUGGGCACCGCGAUACCGCGGUCCGGAGGCGAACGAGUAUACCUCGAGCGGAUCUUUCGCCGCCCUUACAUGUUCGCUACUUGCAUGUUCAUGGCAUAUGUCGUGCUGCUGGGAUUCAGCGCUCCAAACUGCAUUGUGCUUGGACAAUAUGCCGUUUAUAUCAUCGGGGGAACACCGAAUGGCUGGAACGCGCGAUCCAUAGCAGUUGCUGCCAUCACCCUCUCAUGUUUUAUUCACGCCCGUCUGCCGGCAGUGGGUGUGAAAACGAUAAAUAUCCUUGGAAUACUCAAGAUGCUUAUCAUCGUCAUCGUCGUCGCUUUGGGAUUCCUGAGUGCUUUCUGGCAAUUGAGCAGCGGGCCUGACGAACAUAUCAUAAACCCGGGGCAGUCCACAGACCAGUCAGACGUUAUAUCUAUUCCCGAAAGUAUAGCGCAACAGAACUUCUCCGGCAUCUGGGCAGGCUCAUCAAUGCAACCAUAUGAUUAUGCCACGGCUCUUCUCAAAGUGCUUUACUGUUUCAGGGGUUACAACACCGCAAACCAGGUCCUGUCUGAAGUGAAGAACCCCUCGAGAACGCUCCGUGUAGCGGCACCAGUCGCCCUGGCACUUGUCUCCGUCAGCUAUAUACUGGUGAACAUCGCAUAUUUCCUUGUGGUGGACAAGGACGAUUUCAAAGCCUCUGGAGCGAUAGUCGGAGCCCAUUUCUUCGGCAACAUAUUCGGUCCUGUCGUUGGAGAACGAAUCCUUCCCCUUUUGAUCAUCCUCAGCGCCUACGGAAACAUCGCCGCAACAUCAUUUGCGCAGAGUCGUGUCAACCAGGAGCUAGGAAAGGACGGACUGCUACCUUUCCCUUCACUCUGGGUUUCUCGUGGCCCCAAAACAGGUACUGAUAAAGACCACGCCCCUGUCGCCGGUCUGCUUCUUCACUGGUUAGUUUCCGUGAUCGUAAUCCUCGUGCCACCAGGAGAGAUCUACGCCUUUCUCGUCGACAUCGGCGGAUACCCAGUUAGUGUCAUCAGCGUCUCUGUCGCAGGCGGCUUGCUCUAUUUGCACCGUUCCCGGCUCGAAUACAGAAAGUCCUCCUCGAUCCACUACAGAGCACGUACUGUCUACAUUGUCAUAUUCCUCGUCGCAAACUGCCUUCUUCUCAUCCUGCCUUGGAUCAGUCCCCUGGGCGGUAAAGGCGACAAUUCUUUCCCGUACUAUGCCUACCCUGCUACGGGACUUGCAGUACUGGCCUCAGGCGGGUUAUACUGGGUUGGGUGGAUGUGGUUCGUCAGAAACGCUGCCGCCCAAAUCCCAGAUGCGAUGGGAGUGUACAGACAACAUAAAGAACUCGAAGUCGAGAUCCCUCUUAUGGAUGGAAUAUCGUAUGAUCAUCGGGAUCCCUUACAGGAAGAAGAAGAAGAGCCAGACUCCUCGCAUUCUUCACAGGAUAUGUCAUCAUCAUCAAGUUAUUAACUAUUUCUGCGUAACUAUUGUAUCAAAAAGGGAGGACGGAGGGAGUUAAGUUUAUUCUUUACUUUUCUACUUCUCAUAGAUAAAAAACAAAAGAGGACAGGAUCCUUGGAUAUCCAUGUAUGUAUGUAUGUACAUUAGUGUUUGACGAGUUAACUAGCUGUUCCGACUAUACAAUUGGCGUAUUGUAUUAUAUCCACGAGGUGGUCGUCGAUAUGUCGUUCGCUGAUCUCUUGUUUGGUCCUUUCUGAA